UUUCUGUGUGAGUUCUCGCGCGCACGCGUAAACGUUUGGAUAGAUAUAAUAAAGCCACGUCAAAUUCCAAGUUUAUAAAAACAUCGUCAGGAUUAUAUUUACUCGCAAUUUAUAUGUACAUGCAGGGGAAAGCUUAAAAUGACAUUUAAUUUUGCAAGACAUUUAUCAGACUAUUUGAAUUAAUCUAUAAUUUUAAACUAUUGCAAGCUUUAACAAAUCAAGUAAAUAUUGAGUAUACUCUGAUUACAGCAUACCUAUACAUACCAAUUUCUUGUUGACAUUUGGAAAAUUGCUUGCAUAAGCAAUGUCUUUUGAAGGGAAAUAUAAUGCCAAAAGCCCAGCUGUUAAAAGAUUAAUGCGAGAAGCUCAAGAAUUACGUGAUGCAACUAAUGAAUAUUAUGCAUAUCCAUUAGAAGAAAAUCUUUUUGAAUGGCAUUUUACAGUUGAAGGACCACCAACGACAGAUUUCGAAGGUGGUGUUUACCAUGGUAGAAUCUUGUUACCACCAGAAUAUCCUAUGAAACCUCCAAAUAUUAUUCUUUUAACGCCCAAUGGAAGAUUUGAAACAAAUAAAAAAAUAUGUUUGAGUAUUUCUGGUCAUCAUCCAGAAACAUGGCAACCUUCAUGGAGUAUAAGAACUGCUUUACUUGCUUUAAUUGCAUUUAUGCCUACUCUUGGUAAUGGAACAAUUGGUUCUUUAGAUUAUAGUGCUGAAGAGAGACAGAAACUUGCAAAAAAAUCAUUAAGCUGGCGAUGUGAUAAUUGUGGUAAAAUAGCAGAUUUAUUGUCAAAAGAAAAAUCUAAAAAGCCAAUCACAGAGGAAGAACAACAUAUGUUAGACACAAUUGCUUUGAAGGCUGAUGAAUCAAUGCCAGUAGAUAUUUCAUAUACGCAAAAUACAGAAAUUACUAAUGACGGUGAAUUAAGGCAUAGAAUUCGCGACGAAAGCUCUAACACAGACCAUGAAUAUAUUGAAACAAUUGUAAAUCCUCAAGUUGAGGUGAUGUCUUCUUCUAACGAUUUUAUUUGGAGAAUGCUUACUAUAGCUUUAGUUUCUGCAAUAAUUUUUCUCAUCUUGCGAAGAUUAUUCUUAGUUCAAUGAAAUUCAUAUUGGUGAAAAACUAAAUGAAUUAUAUGUAUGUUUAUGCCAGUAUAAACAUGUAUAAGUACAUUACUUAAAAAACAGAUGAAUCUUUUAUAUACAUACCAUCCUUAAUUUUUGAACAUGUAGUACCUAAUAAUAUUUUGUAUAUGUAUAAAAGUAACAUUUUAUAGAAAUUAUUUUUAGUUUAUAAUAUAACAAAAAUAGCUUACUUUUCGCUUAUUGGUCACCUUUAUUAAUAAAUUUUGAAAAAUUUUAAACACUUCCUUUAAUUUUAACAAUAUAAAAUUAAAAUAUUAUUGAGUACACUAAUAUUUUUAAACUUUAAUGUUCCAUGGUAUGUGCUACAAAAAAGCUAGCAGAGAAAGUCUUAUUUUUCAAAAUAUUAUAUCGAAUGUAAAGUAUUAUGCAAAUACUCUGUUGAUGAAUACGAUGUGAUUUUAUUUGCUGUUGUAAUUUUGUUGUGUAUGUUCAUAUGUUUACCAUUCAAUUCAACUUAUAUAAAAUA